AUGAUGAGACGACCAUUAGCAUUUCUUGUUGGUUUCAUUGGAGGAGUCUUGUCGGCAGAACCAAAAGCAUACCGACGAUGUAUCAACAAGUUCGUUGAUGAAUACUCUGCGGUCAAAAAUGUCGAUAUGACUUCUUUACUAAAGACUCUACAAGAUGGGACAGUUUGCGAGAGCUCAUUCAUGGCAUGUUCCAAGCUCUCACAAAAUGCAGUCGAUGUGACGUCGAUUGAGCCCCCAUUUCAUCUUGCGAUACUUCUUCUCCCGGAUUCAAGAGAUGAUGAAUUCUUGGCGCUGGCGGCUAGCCUGUUAAUUCAGGGUUUCCAAAUCACUGUUUAUGAUUUUCUCAGACCUGGCUCAGACUACAGGGUUGAUUACAUUCAGAAUAAGGUUCUGACACAGAUUCCAUGCAAACCAGAUGCCAGACUCAAGAGUUUCUUGAACGUCAUCAGCGCAAUCGAUGCAGCAGGCACGUGUACUCGGAAACCUUUAGAUCGGAAUAUGAUCAAGCGGGCGUAUCAAAUGAUGGAUCUACUAGUUAUGACCAUGGGAUACGACCCUACAGUUUCACAAAACCACCCGGACACAAAGUUUCGUGCCGAUGUACUCAUCAUGGAUGUGUACAAUGUAGCUGGCAUGUUGAUGGCCGAUAAGUUCCAAAUCCCAGCCAUUACCAUUGGGGCAGCAUCGUCCUUGGAACUUGCAAUAGAUCAUCACUCCGAAUGGGAACCACCCGUCACUUGGGAUCACAUAUUGGAAGGAAUCUACCUGACCAUCCGCCAGAGAUGGCAGAGUUUGAUGUUGACCAAACCAUUAAUGGCUCUCAACUCCAAACGUAGAAAAGUCGGCCUAGAUCCAUUGAAGCGACCAUCUGAUUACUUUUUGCCUGUGGUGGCACUAAUUAUUCAAUUUCUUCCUGACGAGUACGUUGACAAGGUCCAGCAUCAAGAUUAUUGGAACAUCAUUCACGUCACUGGAGCUAUACAGCCACUGUGUGUUCCUUGCAUUUCCACAUACAAGCAAGCGACUGGGUGGAGACUGACCCAAACAAAUCCAACCAUUAUGGUGUCUUUGCCUCCCGAAUACUCGACGCUCGAGACAACUAGCACGGUACUACAGAGUCUCAUUUUGAGUCAACAAAUGCUUAUUCGCAACAAGCGCCCUUCAUUUGCGAUUGUGUGGUUGGACUUUGGCGACGAGAGCGUCUCCUUUUCUGCUGCCGACGAUGAUUUCACUCGAGAGAGUUCUGUCAAUCUUUUGGAUAGUCUUUCUCGCCAUCCUGAUACCGUCAUGGUUAUUGGACACUGUGAUUCUGAUUCUGUGGUUGCAGCCAUUUUAGGGGUCUCUGUCUUUUGCUUCUCGCAAGACGAGGAAACGUCUGGGUUGCUACCAGUACUCUUCAAUGAGACUGGGAUGAUGGACCCAAAUGAAAUACCAAAAGUCUUGGUGCAGGAUUAUCUUCAAAAGUAUGCGGGGGACGAACGCAAUUACGAUAUUGAUGUUGGUAUGCACAAAACUGCAUCUCGACAAAGAGACUGGCUUCAGCUUGAUGGCUUGCCGCAUGUCACAUUCUUGAUAAAAAAGACUGUGGAGACGCAUCGUCGAUCUCAGCCUUGGAACUCAACAGCAGAGAUGCAUAACACCAUUGCAGCAGCAUUGAAAGGCGAAGAGUCUCUGUGGAGAUUGCAAGAGCAGCGGCAUUGCGAUGCUAUUGGAACACUAUGGGCAUGGUUUGUGGCAUUGGCAACGUUUUUGUAUAUAUUUGUCAAGUCAUUCUCAUCUCCUCCAAUAGAGCGGUAUAUUGGAAAAUACAUGGACAGGUUUGAUGAUAUCUUUCCCGAUAUCGAGGAUUCACUCCGAAUGAUGGAAAAUUGGUGUCUACAGCAGGCCUCCGGUGAGUCUGAGGGGAGACUCCGCGUAGCAAUGCGCAGAAGGAAUGAAAGGGAGAGGAAAGUUUCUUAG